AUGCCGCCGUCACAGUUGAAACAGCUGAAGGCCUCUCUCCGGGACACUGGAGUGCUUGGGCCGCAGCAGUCCAAGAAGAAGAAGCGCCAGGAUGCGAAAUCCGGCGUCGGCGCGCAGAACCGGGCGCAGCGCAAUGCCGCUCUGCAAGCCGUUCGGGACCGGUUCAAUCCCUUCGAAAUCAAGACGACGAAUACGCGGUCCAAAUUCGAUGUCACCACCCGUGAUAGUGGCUCCAAAUCUGCGGGUGCGCAGGCGAGACCUGGUGUGACCAAGUCGCUCGGUGAAGAAAAGAGACGCCAAACCCUUCUCCGGGAUAUGGAACGCAGAAAGAAAGUCGGUGGCGUUUUGGAUCGUCGAUUCGGUGAAAACGACCCGACCAUGACUCCCGAAGAGAGGGCCGCCGAACGUUUUGCCAAGGAGAGUCAACGAAAACUGCGCAAGGAAUCGAUGUUCAAUCUCGAAGAUGACGAAGAGGAAUUCACACUCACACACAAGGGCGAGUCCCUGGCCUUUGGCGAAGGCGGACCCCUAGAUGAUUUCCAGGAGGGUGACCUGGACGAGCAGGAGAAUGACAUGUCGGAUUCCGAGAUACCCCGAAAGAGAAAACGGUUCCUCAAUGAAGACGGCGAGAUGGAAGAGGUUGUGGAUAACCAGGAGGGAGAAGACCAGCCUGAGCGGAAGAAAUCGAAGCAUGAAGUUAUGAAGGAGGUGAUCGCCAAGUCCAAAUUCCAUAAACUCGAGCGACAACAAGCCAAGGAGGAUGACGACGACCUUCGUGAAGAACUCGACAAGGGUCUCCCGGACCUUUUCGAUAUUUUGAGGGGGAUUAAGCCUCCACCGAAGCCCGAGCCACCCAAGGAUGACCUUGCAGCGAUGAAUCCAGACCGCGCUGCCUUGUUGAAUGCAUCCGACGACAAGGAUACCGAAAAGGAGUAUGAUCAGCGUCUUAAGCAAUUGACCUUCGACAAGCGUUCUAUGCCAACAGACCGCACCAAAACGGCAGAAGAAAAGGCUGAGGAGGAAGCACAGCGACUCAAGGCACUUGAGGAGGAGCGUGUUCGAAGAAUGCGUGGCGAAGAGUUGAGUGAGGAGGAGGAAGAUGACGACGAGGAAGAAGAUCAAAACAGCGAUGAAGGAAAUGCAAUGUUUGAAGAGGAGUCUCUCCCGGACGAUGCUAUGGCUUUCGGGCUGCAGCAGACUGCCGACGAAGAUGGUUUUCGUCCCGACCUUGGAGUCGAAGAUGAGGACGAUUUCAUUAUCGACAAUGACCUCGUGGAAACGAGGUCUGAUGUCAGUUUAUCUGUUGGUGACAGUGACGAGGAGGGCUUUCCUGCGGACGAUUCCGAAGAGGAGGAUGAGCCCGAAGACGGUGAUGAUUCAGCCCCAGAAGCAGCCACGCUGGAAGAAAAGGACGGACUGGCUUAUACCUAUCCCUGCCCGGGAGAUCAUGACGAAUUCCUUCGGAUAAUCAAAGAUGUGCCUGUAGAAGAUCUGCCCACUGUCAUCCAGCGAAUCCGAGCCCUGCACCACUCGCGUCUCCAGAAUGGCAACAAGACGAAGCUUGGGCAGUUCGCGGCUAUUCUGGUUGAACAUGUUGCGUACAUGGCCGAACAACCGGAACAUCCUCCCUUCACUAUCCUCGAGAACAUUCUCCGACACGUCCAUUCGAUGGCAAAGACUCAUGCUGAGAGCGUCUCCUUGGCAUUCAGGGCGCGACUCCGCGAGAUGGCAGCUGAUCGCCCACUCAAUCUUCGUCCUAGCGACCUUAUCGUUCUGACCGGCAUCGGCACCGUCUUUCCUACCUCAGACCAUUUCCACGCCGUCGCCACCCCGGCGCACCUCUGUCUUGCUCGGUAUCUAGGACAGGGCGCCGUCAACACCCUCGGCGACCUCGCCACGGGUACGUACGCCGCCAGCGUUGUGCUCCAGUACCAGGCCCGAUCGAAGCGAUACAUGCCUGAGUUCAUCAACUACGUCCUAAACGCCCUGUUGAAUCUUGCGCCCAAGAAGCCAUCGGGCGACCUCGCACCCUUUCCCCUGCGGUCCCCUCAGCAAUCUCUGCGACUCACCACAUCCAAGUCCAUCUCUCCUCGCAAACUUCAAUUCUGGGACGUCGCCGGUCCCGAGUCCACCUCGAAGGCCCAAGAAGAGCUCAAGCUCGCCCUGAUAACGGCCCUCGUCCAGCUCCUCGACACCGCCUCCGACCUGUGGGCCGACAACUCGUCCUUCAUCGAGGUCUUCGAACCCGUGCAGGCUGUGCUCCGCCAUGUGAGCAAAACCGGCCUAGCAAAGGUGUCGUCCGCCGCGCGCGAUGCCCUGCAACUCACCCUGGACAAGAUCGAUCGCCACCUAUCGCAGUCCCGGCUUGCUCGUCGCCCCCUUGUUCUCCACUACCACCGCCCGCUGGCUAUCAAAACCGCCAUCCCCAAGUUCGAGGAGACCUUCAACCCGGACAAGCACUACGACCCGAACCGCGAGCGUGCCGAGCUCAGCCGUCUCAAGGCGGAGCACAAGCGCGAGCGCAAGGGCGCUAUCCGCGAGCUGCGCAAAGACGCCAACUUCAUUGCGCGCGAGCAGUUGCGCGAGAAGAGAGAGCGCGAUGCCGAGUACGAACGCAAGUACAAGCGGCUUAUCGCGGAUGUGCAGAACGAAGAAGGUCGCGAGGCCAACGCUUACGACAAAGAGAGGAAAAUGCGCCGGGGCAAAUGGUGA